UUGCAAAACUCAAGUUGAACAAAAUGCCACGAAUACCAUGUAGCAGCUUUCGGGCUUAUCUACUUGUUCUGAUAUAAUGUUCAUCAACCAUCUUUCUGGGGACACAAUGGGAUGCAAGAAACAGAGGCUUAGCCAGCUAGUCUCCUGAUAACAUGGAGAAUACUCUUCUUCCGUAGUAUUGCCUCUGGAAGGGGUGUCUUCAUUGGAGCACGAAAUUUUCCCAUAGAUAAUGAUUGAACAUCAAUCAAGAUGGCAAUGGUGUGAAGGAAGAAGAUCAGAGAGGGAGGUGGCGGGCUCAUAUAUUAUUGAGUCGAGUUGAAGAAACAUUUUGCGUCCGUUGAGAGUUUGCCGUUCACUUUUUUACGUCAUUGAAACUUUUCUUAGGGUUAGUCGGCGUUGUAAGUGAUUGUCAGUUUGCGUUUGGAGGUGUAGGUGCUUUUAUUCCAGGUUGUGUCAGACAUGUUAAACCGAGCACAAGAAAUCCUUCAAGUAUGUUACGCCAACAGCUCGGGGGGUUAGCAGAGGGUACGAUAAGGGAUUGGAGGCCAUGGAGGGAUGCUUUUAGCACUUUACAAGACGUCGGUAUUAGGAUGCCUGAUUAGGAGUGAAUUUCAGCAAGCCUACGAGACAAAGUCAGCUCUCUGAUGCUAGGAGAGAUCCUGCGUGGUGGCGCGGAGCUGUUUCGAAGGCCGCUGGGCGUAGCAUAUAGUGGCAGCGACGGCGACACUGCCUAUAUGGUUCCAGAGGACGGAUGCACGUGUGAAUUUCACAAUAGUAUGGGGUUACGGAGGUAUGACGAGGGUAUCGGGUAAGCACUAUGCUAGCCCGAGCUCUAUUUCGACCUAACCCCCUCCUUCCAUCGUCACAUCCCGGACGAUCACCAAAGCCAUAUACGGAGCCUGGCCCGCAUCACCAAUGGCCCGCCAACGGCUUCUCUUGCAAGAAGAUAAUCAGUUGUGCCCUCUCUUCGGACAGUGACGCCAUUGUUUGCCAUUGCAUUAUGCACCAGAAUUGACGUGUUUAGAAUAUGCAGGAUCGCGAAGGCACAGGUGUAUGUGGCUGCAGGUUUCCGAAGCCCCAGGAGUCGACCGUGAUAGUAUUGCUUCUUCUACAACAAACAACUUUUUGCUUAGGAAACUUUUUAUUUUUCUUGUCGAGUGGAGAAUAUCCUAGCUGCGGAGACUGACAAAACUUUUUUCCUUUCGUUUGUUUGAGCAAUUAGCGUAAGUGAUAGAAUAGCAAGUUUAUAUGUCUUUUAUUUCUUCUCUGUAUAAUACUGUGCCCCUCCUCUGUCCUUUUUCAGAACGGAGGUAGAGUAUGCAUUGCUAGGCUCUCCAUUCAUGAUCUGGUAGAGUAAUAACUCUUUUGUGAUUUCUGACUUCCAUCACUGUCGUACUGUUGGUCUUACAACCAUUUCUAGCUACAUGUUAGGGAUGAGGGAGAAGGUAACGAACUCACCGUUUUAUUGCCAAAUUGAAGACUAACGGAAGUGAAAGAUUCUCUCGAUUCUACAUUUACAUAUAUGGAAAAGGUUAUAUGCACGGCUGGCAUAUUCGACUCCUCGCCAGACAUACUCGGCACAAAAUCAAUUGAUCUUCGAUCCCUCUAUCCAGCCCUUCCACAAAAUCAACAUGCCUUCUCGAGGAUCAGAAUCAAGUAAGGCUUGGUCUAUGUAUCCGCUGCUCCACGAUAGUGUAUCACGCUUACUGGAAGAGAAUAAUCUCCAUUUUGACUUCCAUGAUAUUGAUGACGCUACAAGCUGUACCAAAGAAUAUGAUACAAAUAUCAUGGGUCGAUUUAUAUGUCACAACCGUGCAUGCAACUCUGCCGGAUGGCCAAGUAAGCGAAUUGCUAUCACUAUACGAAUGUACCCGGGAGCAAAAUACAAUGGAAGGGUAUAUCACCAACGCUGCAAGAGCUGCAACAGCCUCAGUCGACCAAUUCUGGAUGAUUCAUAUGCGGAAAGAGUCGCAUAUCGUAUCAUGAAGUGGCGUGGAAUACAGAUGGACUUACCCAGUUACUCCCACCGAAGCAAAGGUCCACAUAACUCAGAUUUAUGUGAAGGAUGUAGGGCUGGUCAUUGUAGUGCGCGUGGUAAGUAAAGCAGUAGAUCUUACGAAUUCAGCUCACAGCUAUUUAGAUGCGGGAACAGAGUGAUAAAUUGUAACUUUAUAGGAGGGAUGGAAAGAGAGUGCAGGUAAUCCUGAUGGAUUGUUCACGGGACUUGAGAUCAUUCGAGAUGUCUUUGUUGACCCGUGGUAAUGGUAGACACUCUCUGGGUUGAUACAUGUAUCCUUCGGAUUUCGAAAUCGGACGCGGAGCCUGUUCGAAGCUUCCUUUGUUAUUGUUCUUGUAUUGAUAUGCCAUUACCAGACAGCUCUCUCUCUGGCCAAGUCGCACGCGGCUAGCCCAGAGGAAAGUGCACUCUAUAUUUACCAAUUUUCCCGAACACGUCGUGUAGUGGUUGGAUUUGUGAAGUUUAAUAGCAAGAUUAUCAUGAUUAGUUCUGGCUCGAAUCCAUGAUAAUCCUGUUUACCCCCACGAUGUCUCAUGGCCAUUGAUAUCAAUCCCUUUUCAUAUGUGUGUCGCAAAAUCUGUCCGCCUCUCGCUCUGUCCCAUGAAGUAAUCCACUAUUCACAUCCAUAACAAUGUCAAUCAGGACCUUCGAAAGAUCCGCCGCCUCCUGCACGAUUCAACAGUACUCCGGAAUCAGGCAUCGU